AUGCAGAGAGGUUUCUUGCUAGCUGCACCCGAGAAAACCGAGAAGAAGAAGAAGAGUGAGAAGAAGUCCGAGCAGUUGGAGGGUGUGCACGUGACAUCUUCCGUGGGCUGUCGUGUCGAGAAAGAGCCCGGCCAGCCCGGCAUCUCGAUCCUGAAGUUCGACUCGGAUGUGGAUGUGGAUCUGAGCAGCGUGGAUGGGAUGCUGAAAGUCUUUGCAAAGCCCACGGAUCCCUCGAAGUGA